GUUGGUAACAAAAAAACCUGUAGAUUUCCCGCCCGGUCGGUAACGUAGGGUAACCGCCUGGCCAGUAGCAAACGGUUGAUGCGUUGAAGCGCCGCUCACUAGAUGGCGCGAGAAGUACGGUGGGUGAGCUUAACAGUAGAUGUUCUGGAUGAAAAACAUUAUCAAGAACAGGUUUUAAGUAUCUUAUGGGUAUUUCACUGAUGAACUUGAAUUCAACCUUUAACCUCACGUUCGAUGUUAUUACAAGAUACAAGUCCCGUCCGUCUUUCAAAGCACCCAUAACCUUCAACUGGGACUGUUCCCUUAUGCAAUCGAACAUCUACAGCUUCGCUAUGUUCGUGGUGUUCUGGCUCCCGUUUGGAGUCGUUUUGGCAGUAGGUGCAGUCAGACGGAUACCUGAUAGUUUGUUCUACAAUUUAGCCUGGCUGGCUAUCAGCAAGUCGUGUAUCAACUGUAUUCUUUACGCCAUAUCAAAUAGACAUUUCCGAGGAGCCUACGUGAAUCUAUUCCACUACUGUUGCUGCAAAACUAACAUGUCGUCUUCACGAAGACAACGUCCAGAAGGUGUGAGACCCUCCGGUGACGUCAGGGUACAUAUCAUUCCCGGAUACAAUAUGUACACUAGUCCUCAAAGAGGUAGAGAGUACAGCAGAGAGACAAAAAGGCUAUCGACCAGGCCAAACGGUAGAGACAUCUACGAGUUAUGAUGAGACGAAACUACGUCCGUAUCGAGGGGAGUUUGGAUUUAGAAGGCUGGACCGGAAAAACUGUUCGAAAUAUGAAACUUCACGUCCACAAAAUAGUUCAAAUGGUUUCUUCUCUACUGACUGGAACUUCCAGGUCUGACUGAACAUUUAUUCUGAGUAAAGGGAAGUUCGAAGAUGCUGUGAAUAGCCUUCUAGAGUGAGCAAAAAGCAUACUACCUUUUGAACAUUUGACAAGUGUAGAUCUACUGGCUUAAAAUUCUUUUUAGUACUUCCCUCAAUGUUAUGUUAUUGAACAUUACUUACUACUUCAUGUAGUUCAGUUCCUAAAGAAUGUAGUAUGCUUCUAUCUCACUUUCACAUAUAAAGUUCAUAUACCGAACAUGUAAUCAUACUUCAUUCCUAAUGUACGUAUUAGCAGUAUUACUAUUUUUUACAUAUACAAAAAUUACAUUCCUUCCAUAACUUAUUGUAUAUGGAAGAAAAUAUGUAGAUCAAUGUGUAAUGUACAUGAUUGAAGUGCAGAUAAUUCAAAAAUCCACAUCCAGAAUUGACCACUGCGAACAGUGUAUAGCAGCUACCGCUUGGAACUGUGAAGAUUUCAGCACACAGUGGUAGCGCAGUCUCAAGUGUGACCGAUAGAUGGCUGACGAUUCUAGCUGCUUAUAGAUACGGUUUACUUGAAGAAUAAAGGGUUUUCCAUUAAGGACUUGACAACUUUCUUUUUCAAUAAAAUGCAAACCACUUGAGAUAUCUCGAAAACUUUUUUGUUGGAUUGAAGAAUAGUCAAGACAUUUAUGUAUGGAACUCGACCUCGUAAAUAUGUCCACCACGGUCACGAUCGCAGUGAUCGAUUCGUUGGACCCAAUUUUCAAUGAGCCACACAUUUCGACAGAAACAUCCUCCAUCUCUCGUUCAAUACUGGCUCUGAGCUCCUCUGACGACGCCUGCGUGUUGGCAUAGACCAAUGAUUUAAUGUAGCCCCCCCAAAAAAAGUCUAGAGGCGUGAAAUCAUACGAUCUAGGCGGCCAUCCUCGACAUAACAUAUUCACCGAAUUUCGAUUUCAAUAUGUCGAUUGUUUCACCCACUGUGCGGCUUGUGGCACCAUCUUGUUGAAACCACAUAUCAUUAAUGUCUAGCCCAUCUAAUUGAAAAACAGGUCUCUGCAGCGAUCUCUGUUGACUGCAACGUGACGGUCAUUUUCAUUAACGAAAAAAAAAACGGCCCAAUGACACCACAGGCAUGGAAACCAUACCAUAGCCAAAAAUGCGACUCAUCACUGAUGAUGAUUUUGCGAUGAAAUUGGUAAUUUUCUUGCCACAUUUCUAGAGCCCAAUUCGAGAACGUACGUCGGUUCAUAUGAUCAAACGGCAUUAGCUCUUGAGUUAACUUGAUCUUAUAAGGGUGCAGACCAAGAUCUCUUCGCAAAAUUCGCCAUAGUGUGGUCAGAGCUAUGCCCAGUUCUUGAGAUCGCCGUGGGAUCGACGUGUUCUGUUCGUUGCGACGGAAGCUUGAACAGCAGAGAUAUUCUCGGCACUUCGACAAACCCGUUGUCUCACUGGUACGGGAGCAUCCAGGAGCGAAUAUGUGGACUCAAAAGUUUUUACUAGACUAUGAAUUGCUUGUAUACUGGGACGAGAAUCAUGACCAAAAAUUGGCGGAAUUUCGGUAGUAUUCGUAGGGGCUGUUCAAUCGUGUACU